CAACCAAUUCCUCCCUAAUGCUCAACACCACAUCCCGUCUCCUACGCCUCUCCACAUCCACACUCACAAAGCGCAUCCCAACAACACCCAUUAUCAAAUCCUUCAGCACAACCACCCCCCGCCUCUACGCUGCCAAAAUGGACGCCUUCAAGAAAGUCGGAAACCGCGAGAACGCGCCCCCAAAACACGAAAUGGUGCACUUCCCCGGCCUGAUGAGUGAAAAGCGCAGUUUCGGCGACUUCCGCACCGUCCUGCACACAGGCCUCUACUCCCAAAUCGUCGCUAUGGAAGUCCCCGUCAACGGCGAGAUCGGGGAUGAAGUACAUACUGUAGACCAGAUCCUGCUCUUUACAUCAGGAAAGGGGCUUGCGACGGUGAAUGGCAAGGAUCAGGAGGUCAAGGCGGGCGAUGUUGUUGUUGUACCGGCUGGCACGCAGCAUCAGUUUGUUACCAAGGGGGAUCAGCCGCUAGAGUUGAUUACAGUAUAUGCGCCUGCUGAGCAUCUGCCGAGUAGUGUGCAUAAGACGAAGGAGGAGGGGGAUAAGGCCGAGGAGGACGAGAUUGAUGAGGCGCCUGAGUGGGCGUUGAAGCCCAAGGCGGAGAAUGAGAAGAAUGGGUUGGUUAAGGAGAGUGGGAAGUACUAGAUGGGGUGUUUAGCAGACUCGAAAAUUAUGAGUAAUGCAUAGUUCUAUUGGUCGUGCUACAAACUUCCUCAUAUUAGUUCACAGUCGUCUUAUGUGAAUGUCUCACUAUCGUAGUUUUGACACUCAUCUGAGGUACAAUGAUCGCUCUACGCAGCGUUUCAAUCUGUUCGUCUAGGCCAUGCUGUCCGAGCGUAUACUUCGGCUCGUGACCUAGAGGUUCACGUAGUGUUUCGUCUCCACACGAUGAUGCGGGCCGAACAUUAUACCUUUGAGACAGCAGCCUUAAGAAACAACUUGGACAAUAUAGC